GGACCUGCAGGAGGCGGCGGCGGCGGCGGCGGCCGAGGCCGAGGGAAGAUGGCGGACGGCGUGGACCACAUAGACAUUUACGCGGAUGUGGGCGAAGAGUUCAACCAGGAAGCAGAAUAUGGUGGACAUGAUCAGAUAGAUUUGUAUGAUGAUGUCAUCUCUCCAUCUGCAAAUAAUGGCGAUGCUCCAGAGGACCGAGAUUACAUGGAUACUCUGCCGCCAGCGGUUGGUGAUGAUGUGGGCAAAGGAGCAGCCCCAAAUGUGGUCUACACAUAUACUGGAAAGAGAAUUGCAUUGUAUAUUGGGAACCUAACCUGGUGGACAACAGAUGAAGACUUGACUGAGGCAGUUCAUUCUUUGGGAGUAAAUGAUAUUUUGGAGAUAAAAUUUUUUGAAAAUCGAGCAAAUGGCCAGUCAAAGGGGUUUGCUCUCGUUGGUGUUGGAUCUGAAGCAUCUUCAAAAAAGUUAAUGGAUUUGUUGCCUAAAAGAGAACUUCAUGGUCAGAAUCCUGUUGUAACUCCAUGCAAUAAACAGUUCCUGAGUCAAUUUGAAAUGCAGUCCAGGAAAACUACACAAUCAGGACAAAUGUCUGGGGAAGGUAAAGCUGGUCCUCCAGGAGGCAGUUCACGUGCAGCAUUUCCACAAGGUGGUAGAGGACGGGGCCGUUUUCCAGGGGCUGUUCCCGGUGGGGACAGAUUUCCUGGGCCCGCAGGACCAGGAGGGCCACCCCCUCCUUUUCCAGGAAAUUUGAUCAAGCAUCUUGUUAAAGGAACUCGGCCUUUGUUCCUGGAAACUAGGAUUCCAUGGCAUAUGGGGCACAGCAUAGAGGAAUUACCCAUUUUUGGCCUAAAAGCUGGACAGACACCGCCACGUCCACCCUUAGGUCCUCCUGGCCCACCUGGCCCGCCAGGCCCUCCACCUCCUGGUCAGGUUCUGCCACCGCCUCUAGCUGGGCCUCCUAACCGAGGAGAUCGCCCUCCACCACCAGUUCUUUUUCCUGGACAACCUUUUGGGCAGCCUCCGUUGGGUCCACUUCCUCCUGGCCCUCCACCUCCAGUUCCAGGCUACGGCCCCCCGCCUGGUCCACCACCUCCGCAACAGGGACCACCUCCACCUCCAGGCCCCUUCCCACCUCGCCCACCUGGCCCACUUGGGCCACCCCUUACACUUGCUCCUCCACCGCAUCUUCCGGGACCACCUCCAGGUGCCCCGCCGCCAGCUCCACAUGUGAACCCAGCUUUCUUUCCUCCACCAACUAACAGCGGCAUGCCUACAUCAGAUAGUCGAGGUCCACCACCUACGGACCCGUAUGGUCGACCACCACCAUAUGAUAGGGGUGACUAUGGCCCUCCUGGAAGGGAGAUGGAUACUGCAAGAACACCAUUGAGUGAAGCUGAAUUUGAAGAAAUCAUGAAUAGAAACAGGGCAAUUUCAAGUAGUGCUAUCUCAAGAGCUGUGUCUGAUGCCAGUGCUGGUGAUUAUGGAAGUGCUAUUGAGACUUUGGUAACUGCAAUCUCUUUAAUUAAACAAUCCAAAGUAUCUGCUGAUGAUCGCUGCAAAGUUCUUAUUAGCUCUUUGCAAGAUUGCCUGCAUGGAAUUGAGUCCAAGUCCUAUGGCUCUGGAUCAAGAAGACGUGAACGCUCAAGAGAAAGGGACCAUAGCAGAUCACGAGAAAAGAGUCGGCGUCAUAAAUCCCGUAGUAGGGAUCGUCAUGAUGAUUACUAUAGAGAGAGAAGCAGAGAGCGAGAGAGACACCGGGAUCGGGACCGAGACCGCGACCGAGAGAGGGAUCGAGAGCGAGAGUAUCGUCAUCGUUAGAUAAGCUGAAGGAAGAGGAGCACCUUCCAAGACAAAAACAGCCUUCACGGGGAAAAUGACGCUUGUCCAGCAGUUUGCUUCUUGCGAUGAACUGAACGUGUAAGGAUUCAUGGAUAAAGUGAAUAGAUCUGAAUAAAGCAAAUCUGCGUAAAUGGUAACCAGUAGCUCUACUUUUAUUUUUUAUGUUGCUUAACUGUUUUAUUUGAAGGAAACCUGUGUGAUUUAAAAAGUUAUAGCUUUUGCAACUUUAUUACUGGUUAUAUACAUUUGGCCAUUAUAAUGUGCAAGCAAUUGGAAAAAGUCAAGUAUUUGCUUGUUUUUAUAGUAGUUUGUUCUUGUUAAAAAUGUUCAUAUGAUAAUGUCUGUAAACAGCACCACUUUGAUUACAAUAGAUGUAGUGUUGUAAUAAACUGUUUAAUGGGGCUGAUGUGUAAAGCUGUUCAAGUUAUUUGAUGUUUACACCUCAGGGAAAGUCUUGUGUUCAGCAAUAUCUAAAGAUAAUGUUACUAUUGACAACAUUUUUACUGUCCUUUAAAGAAGCAUUGCAAUAGCAGUUUUGGAUAUGCAUCAAUCUAAUCUUGUGUUAAGUGAAUUAAACAUACUAAUUAGGUGUCUUGCCCUUGGUUUUGAUAUUAGGAUAGGUGAUCACAUGGUUAUUUAAUAUUUCUAUAUUCUGCUUUUCUAGCUGUUUUUACCUAGUUAGCUUGUGACUUUGCUGAAUGAUGUGUAAACUUGUAAAAACUGAAAUUUGACAGAUGUAGCAAUUCAGUCAGUGUAUUAGGGGUCAGAACAAUUUGAGAUGUUAACAUUUCAGUUAAAAAAAACAUAUUUGGUAUGGUCAUGUGGCUGAAUUACAGCACAGGUGUACUGAAACACUUCAUUGUGAGCUGCCGGUCCUGAGGAGGGACUUUGACAAUUCUGAUUUUAUGCAGCAGUUGUUUGCUGCUUUUUGUUUUUCUUUUUAAUCGCUGGUGCUUAUGGUUUAGUUUCGAAGCCAUAGACAGUGAAUACAGUCAUACUGCAGGCUUAAGUUUUGGGUUGCCAUAGAUUUCUGAAGAAUGUGAUCCUAGUAUUUGAGUUCUAUUCUCCAAAAUGUGAGUCAUGGAAGAUUAAAGGCAUACCCUGUCUCCAUAGUUCAAGGAAGUUUGUGUUUAUUCAUACAGCCUGACUUAGCUGCAGGCUCAUAGUAGCUGCAGCUGGCUGGAGUGUGUUAGUAAUUGCAGAACUUCACAGAGGCACAAUGUUGACUCAAUCAAAUAUUUUUAUAGGAAGGUAGUUCUGAAUUACUACUUCAGAAAUUUGAAUAAAAUCCUUAAGCCAGUUAAUUUUGUUUCAGUUUUAUUUUGAAAAUCUGGUUAUUUUUGAGAGAUCUAGUGAUACACUGUUUUAAAAUAUAGCCACAUUUUUUUUAAUAACAAGUUAUUCGGUUCCCUAUGUUAGGCUGUAGACGGCUUUCAAAGAUUGGCAGUGUCGUCUUCAGUCUCAUCUUGUCUGCUGGCCAGCUGCUUCUCACAGAAUGAGCAGGCUAUUCAUACUACUGCCAGUUUUAUUUUAAGACAUUUUGUGAUUGGAAUAUUUUUGCUUGGAAUCAAUGGUGUUUACAGAACUGUGCUCUCAGAAGUGAAGCUUUUAAGAGUUUAUCUUCUUGAAAAUGCAGUUGCCUUUUAAUCGUUGAGAGUUGUAUCAAACCUGUUCAUGUGAAUAGAUGUUAUUAAGUUUUUAGCUUUUUACAUGUUUUAAUUAUGCCCUAAUGUGAAGAAGUAUGGGCAUAAAUAAAUAAACAAGGGAAAUUAGUUAAUAAAUAAAAUUAAAAGGUAAGUAAAAUGUCCAUGAGUCAGAAGUUGCUCAACUUUACGGUGGAAUCACAAAACUAACUGUACUUGAGCUUAAAAUGAAACUGGAAAUUUUGUAUUAAUUGCAUCCUUCAUUUGCGUUUUCAUUUUUUGUUUUUUAAAUCAAUGAAGCCCUUUAAUUGCUUCUUUUUGUCCCUCCUUCCCCUCUGACAGAUCUCAUUCCCUGCUUUUGUUGCAGACAAUGUGAGUGUACUAGAAUUGUUUGCUGCUAGUCCAGUGCUUUUAAGUGUUGUCAGGAAGAAAUCACUUUCUGGUUUGGCCAAUGUAAUCUGACAGAGUCCUUCUCUCCCCAGUAAUACAAAUGUACACUAGGAAAAGUAAUCAUUGCAAGAUGAUUUUAUUCUUUACACCCCUCUUGGUUAUGGGCCAAUAUUAUUUGAAGUGCUUUAAACAUUUUUUUUUCGUUGUGUAAAAGCAAUCCAAAGAGAUAAAUCUUUGCAUAGACACCAAAAAAAACAAGUGUCUCAGAGACCUUUUCAUUUAUUUCUUAACUGUAGUUGACAGAAAGGCUAAUCUUAAAUGUAUUUUAAACCAUAGCAUUUAUUGGUGCUAUGCAGUCACAUUCCUUUUGGCCAUUAUUGAAGUUAGAGAUGAAUGGUGACAGCACCUGCAUGAUACUUUGAACUGAGUGUAUUGAUUUUGGUUCAAGGAAAUAUGUUGUGGGAUUUGCAAAGCUUAUUUUUUCAAGUUUUAUAAGCAAGAUUUAGACUAAAUUGUGGCUGUUGAUCUUAAUUUCGCCCAUUUGAUGGCCCCUGUACUCAGAAUGUUCUUAAGCAGUUAACUACAAUUUGGAGUUCAUAAGUAACUUGUAGCUUAAGGUGUUAUUUUCAUUUAAUUCUCCUGUGGAGAAUAUUGCUUUAUUUUUUACUAGUUUAAGGUCAGUUCUUAAAACAAACAUGGAGGUUUUAAUGAAUGUUAUAUAAUAUUUUAUAGUGAAAGGGGAAAUAGUUGUAAGGGUAAAGAUUUUCUCUUUCCCUUAUAUGUUUAAAUGUGCCAAUCACCUAAAUAUAUACUGUUUUUAUAUGAUGCUACUGCAAGACUUUUCUGUUGGAGUGCUCUCAACAUUUUGGUUUUUCAUAUCUGAAUGAUCAUUGCAUUUUCUGUGUCAUCAGAUUGCUCCAGUUCUGUGUUUAAAGCUUCAGCUUAAGUUAUCUUAAGAGGAAGUUUAUGUUCUGAUUCUUUAUUGAGAAUACAAUAUUGAGAUUCUCAUUGUUUUAUAGAUAAUUCUUUUUAAAUUUUCCUCAUUAAGUUCAUUUACAUCCCCAUAGCCCUCUGUAAAAAUGUCUCCACCAGUUGUAUGUACUGAAAUGCACGCUUAUCCAUUGUACAUAGUAGACAUUUUUGUGCUAAAAUAUAUUAAGUGAGAUUUUUGUAGCAAAGCAUUCUAUUUUUCUGUUCUUAUAGUGUGUGUGUGUGUGUGUGUUUUUUUUUUAACAUCCUUCAGUUUAAACACUGGUGUAUUUUUUUAAGCAACUUGACUCUUAGAAGCCUUAGACUAAUUUUUAAAAUAAGUACUCAGCCAAAAAUUAUAAAUUUAUUAAAAUGUGGCCUUAUAUAUGGCAUUCCUUGAUUUUGUAACUGUGAGAUUUUUGAUUUUGAGAUAUCAAGACUCAAGGUUAAAGUCUUGUAGUUGGUUGAAUUAUAAAAUGUGUUAAAAGUGUCUAGGCUUCUGGGGGAAAGUUCUUAUACUCUUCUUUCUUGACAUUAGAAAGAAGCAAUAUGAGUUUAUGAAUAGUCAGGCCUCUGUAUCCUGUUCAGAUUGAAUUAGGUAUGUCUUAACCAGUGUUUCUUUAAACUUUCAGGUUGUUGGCAUUCACUAUUUGAGUUUGCAGCUACUGUGUUUUCCCCCAUGGGUUGUAUAUACAUGUGGUUACAUACAGAUGUUAAUGCUUUGAAGACUUCCUUAACAUCUGUUGUAAUGGGAGUCUCUUUAAACAUUAGGUAGAAUUUAAUUGAAGUCACACAGAUCUUGAAAUGGUAUUUGUGGUUGAAAAAUACUACCAAGAAUUUUUCCUGUGGGAGUAUCCUAAAACUCCACUAUGGGUGUAAAUGUUUAAUUGGACAGACCCUGCAUUUAGUGAAAGUAUCUUUUUGAAGGUGUGUUCUUUUGUCCCACUGUUACUGCGUAACGCUUCUCAAUAUUCUGUAAGUUAAAUUAUUUUCAAAUAUGGCAAAUUCCUGUUUAUUUUUUUACUUUGAAAAUUGUAGUACUCAGGUGGAAUUUAAUGGGAAAGGAUCCUUUGGAGGUAAAUCCUAAUGUAUUCUGAGGAAUGCAUCUAAAAACAUUUUAGCCUUAAAGAAAGGUCUAUUUAUUGUUCCUUCUUCCUCUCCAUCCCAUGGUAUAUUAUAGUAACUAGUUUACAACCCUGUACAGCCUUACAAAGUUGUUUUACAAUUUUAAUGGAACGUCCUUAAAAAAACAAAUGUAUCAUAUUACCAGUAUCUAUGAAUUACUGAAUCAAUUUGUAAAUAAUUUGUCCCAUAUCAGAAGGCCAAAGAAAGUCUUAAAAAUUUAGCUGUUGACUCUGGUGACUUCACAAUAAGAUUUCUGUGCAAAAGGUAAGGCAUUUCAUCAAGUAGACAUCUUUUUGGUGUCCCUGAGAACUAAACUUCCAUAUUAGCUUCUAUUAUAAAAGCGUAUUCCAUUUUAUUAAAAUGUUUGUAACUACAGUUUUGUUUUUAAUGUUUACUUUGUCUUUUCUUUCUUUAGCAUUUAGGUGACUGUUGAGCAGUUUUCUGGGUGGCCACUGUUGGCCCUAAACUGCACUAGUAACAAGCAUGGUAUUGGUCUUGUAUUGAAAAUAAAACAAGGUUUUGAUAAUA